GGUGGCGUCGCAGUUGCAAACGUGAGUUCGAGGCGUGUGAACGUGAUUUUAGGCUUUUCGCUGGUGUUUUUGGCUCCACUCGAUUUCCUCGAUUUCCCGAUUUCGGCGCAGUGGGAAAAGCCCCCCUGCCCAAGGAAAAACAGAAGCGGGACCCCAGAGGUCGCGGAAACUGCAUGCGAUUUGCAGUUGUGUGGAAAUAUGGACUUUACCACUAAUUUUCAUUGCCCUGCGAGUGUGUGUGUGUGUGCGAGUGUGAAAUCUGCGUGAAACAUUGCCAAAUCCUUCGACUGAUUUCUAUUUGCACCUAUUUUGCAUUCGGCAUUUGGCAUUUGCCAUCGACGCGAGUGUCAAUCGAGUGAAAGUAAACAAUGGUGCGCACCCAAAUGGAUAGGCGAUCGCCGAUCACUAAACUAAUAACGAGCCAUGUUCUUUGGAGCCUUUUGCUGAUCGUUGUGGUGGCUCUACCCUUGGCCACCGCUGGCUUCGGAUUUGACUCGGCCAAUUCGUGCAGUCCGAAUGGCAAGAUGUCCCGACGGGGUCGAGCCCAGAUCCUGGCGGCGAUUCCCUGCGACCUGGGGCAGCAGGCCUUCUGCCACCUGCCCGGAUCCGCGUAUCCGUGGCACGCUGUCCGGCGGUUCGUGCACGAGAACCAGGGACUGAUGAAGCGCAUGUACGGCGAUGUGAGGCACAUCUCCAUUCUGCGGGACGAGAUCCAGAACAACGAGGUGGACGCGGAGGACAUGGAGGAGGCGGCGGAGCGGUACAGCAAGGAUGGCGGUCGUCGCAGUGCCAAGUAUCUGAUGAAUGGCAGGGAUAGGGAUCGCGAUCGUGAUGAUUUCGGGAGCUUCAAGAACAACGAUGUGCUGAUGGAACCGCACUUCCGUCCGGUUUCCACGAGCACUACCAGUACAACCAAGGCGACGACGACCACAGCUGCUCCAGAAAUAGUUAGUAGCUCCACUGAAAAAAGUGAGAUCACCACCACAACAUCUGGAAAUGCCACCACUUCAAGUAAACCCACUGCAGUUCCACCUUCUGCUGAAGAAACUGAAAUUGAGGCGGAAAUUGUGGAGAUUCAACCGAGUCCGGAAUCAAAUAGUGUAUAUGAAGUGGUUUCCUCCUCGAUUUCACCCACUUCCUCCACUGCGAAGCCUUCGGAUGCAGGUGGUGAAAACAUCCAAAUCAUCGACUCACCGCAGCUGGGAUUGCGUAACCUCAGUGGAGAGGCGAAGCCAUCCCAGGAGCCACCGACUGCCGCCACUUCGAAACCCACAUCUCUGCCGAAGAGUUCGCCAAGCAGGAGAAGGAAACCCGCUGAGACCACAACCACUGCGGGAACUCCCAAAGCAACGAGCACCACGUUGCCUACAACCACAACUUCACCCACUCUGCUGAUCCGUCGCAACGUGACCAAGUACUCACCCGCAUCCGUGACCACGCCCGUCAGCUUCGCCUCCCUCUUCUCUGGAACCUCCAGCGGGCUCUUCAGUCCGGAGAAGCUGCGCAGGCCACUGACCACCAGCAGCACCAGUGCUCCGCCUCCAGCUCCAGCUGCAGUUGGACCUCCAGCCGGCGCCACCGGAAGCGCCACCAAGUCCGGACUGCUGAGGGAGGGCCAACUCUUCCAGGACGCCAUGAAGCAGGAGCCCGUCGCAGUGGCCAGCAAUUUGCGGGGAGUAAAUGCCUGUCCUGUCAAGGACGAAGUGGUGGCCCCCUUCUGGGCGAACAACACCCGUGGCGAGGUGCUGGCCCUGCUCAACCUGUACCCCUUCGAGCAGUACGUCCACUGGGAGAAGUGCACCCACGAGUUCAAGCAGAUGUUCUGCCGGGACGGGUGCAGGUGUGAGCAGCAGUACCGCUUGCACCGCCUGCUGGCCUACGAUCCGCACAACGAGUGCCGCGGCAUCUUCUCCGACUGGUUCCGCUUCCCGUCCAGCUGCAUCUGCAAGUGCUACAACAUCCCCAUGGAGUUCCGGGCCACCUCCCGCAGUCCCCGAUCCGACAGCCGCUUCGACGCUCCCAAGUCCGAUCCCAUCGAGGCUGCAGAGGCGGAGGUCCAGAAGGCCAUCUACGAACACGCCACGGAUGAGUGGUACCGCCCACGCGACGAGUUCGACUUCUUGGAGGGAUAAUCCAUUCGAAAUCCUUAGAUACAUUGUACAGUAGAUCUAGAUUUUGUAUACCUAAGUUGCACAAGCUGUCUUUAAUUAGUUUAAUUUUUCUUGUUAUCUGUUACUGAAAACCUUCAAAAGACUUAAAUUAUUUCUCUGUUACCGAUCAAUUUUAAAAUUUGCAAAAUUAACCAUUUCAAUUUAUAAUUUUAUCAGUUCCAACACUCCAUUUCAUAUAAAAUCGAACAAUCUUUAGCCACUUCUAUGCAAUCUUCUACUUUAAGUUAUUUUUUAAAAGGCGGCAUUAUGUUAAUGUAAAUAUAGGCCAACAUAAUGCCCGAUUUAGGCGAACACUUACAGAGCGAAUGUACCUUGAAAUACUUGCGAACGCAUCGCGGCCAUUGAGCUGCGUCCGAUAGUAUUCACUAGAUUUAUUAUUUAUUUAUUUAUCCAGAUCCUAGCUGUAAGCAAAACCAUAAGAGUGGCCAUAACAUUAACCCCAAAUCAUUUUGAUCCCAGAGAAAAGUUGAAUGCAUUUUGGAAAAAUAUUUAUUGCAAAAUGUAGUCUGUAUAUUUAGAAUGCUUACGUAUGUAUAAAAUAGAUUUUAUUGUAUUUAAUACGUUGAUAUAUAUUACUGUUUACGAGGGUACGUUGAUAAAUUAGAUUUAUAAAUUGUAUUUAUGUGUAGAAAAGGGUUUCCUUUCUCAGCAAUUUGAAGGCAAUUCCAGGCACUUCAUUUCAGUUUAACCGUUUACCACUUAAGGCUAGUGAUAGCUUUUUUGUCAAUCACUCAAUUAAAUAAAAAUUCUAGUGUUGCUUAA